AUGUCCUGCGUCCACUACAAGUUCUCCUCCAGGCUGCGCCAUGACAUGGUGAUCUUUCAGGGCCAAGACAACUCCCUCAGUGACCUCAAGUGCCAGAUCAUGGCCCGCGAGAAGCUGAAGGCGGCCCACUGCGACCUGAGGGUCAGCGAUGCCCAGACGGAAGAAG